AGCGACACACGAUGCAGGAGGCGGAACAAAAACGUCCUCGUCCUGCAGGUUCUGUUCCUGCAGGUUCUUAUGGACGCACAGUUUCCAUUGGAGACCGUGACCGGCUUUGGAGCUCGGCACUGCUGGUGACAUUGCUGAUGUUGGCCAUGAGUCCAUUGUCAUCAAUGGGACAUCGGCCUGCACCCAACACUCCGGUUCCACUUCAGCAGAGUAUAUCCACAAUCCUUCCCAAUGAGACAUCCCCAAUUUCGACUGAGAGAAGUACCAAGUCAUUCAUUGACAAUAUUGAGGAUGUGGAGGGAUAUAAUAGCUCGAUUCAUCAUCAUCAUCAUAAAAAAGUCGGCGGGAAUAUGUCAGAGGAGAAGGCGCCGUUGUUUCCAAAAGAUUUCUUCACGCUUCAAGAACGACGUCGUGGUGCUGUUAUUUUUCACGUUGUGGGCGUUGUGUAUAUGUUUGUCGCCUUGGCAAUUGUCUGUGACGAAUUCUUCGUGCCGUCCCUUGACGUGAUUAUCGAGAAACUUGAGAUCGCCGAUGAUGUGGCCGGUGCCACAUUCAUGGCAGCGGGGGGUUCCGCCCCUGAGCUAUUUACCUCGAUCAUUGGGGUGUUCGUCUCGUUCGACGACGUAGGAAUUGGUACCAUCGUCGGAUCGGCAGUUUUUAAUAUUCUUUUUGUCAUCGGCAUGUGUGCCAUCUUCUCAAGGACCGUACUCACGCUCACAUGGUGGCCACUCUUUCGCGAUUGCAGCUUUUACAGCAUUAGCCUCAUUACCCUAAUCUAUUUCUUUCGCGAUAACUAUAUACAUUGGUAUGAGGCUCUUGUGCUAUUCGGUUUCUAUCUUCUAUAUGUUGGCUUUAUGAAGUGGAAUCAGCCGAUGGAGAAACUCGUCAAGAGGAUACUUUAUAGGAACAAGGUUACACGGGUUAGAUCUACUGAUCAAUUGAUGCCCACGCACCAGGGCGCCGCCCAGGCAUUGCAGCAUCCGAAUGCAACGAACAGCAGCGAAACAAGUGUGGGUGGCGUUUCUGGUGCGUGCGGAAGUAGCGGUUUACCUGCGGCAGCGGAAGCGGGUUGCAGCAGUGGUGUUGGUGUUGGGACCAGCAGAGGUGGAAGCAAUAGUGGCCAUGAUCAAAGUGGCAGUCACAGUGGUUCGACGCAUAGUCACGCCAAAUUCAGGCAUGGUCUACUCCAACUCAUGAUCCACACAAUCGAUCCUCUCCACGACGGUCAGUCCCGAGCCGGCAAGGUGGAUGAAAAAGCGACACAGCUGCAUGCUAUCGCAUCGUUAAAGGUACUAUUGGAUGCAACAAGACCGCACAAUGGAGCUGCGACAUCAUCAGCGGCACAUUAUUCGGGGACAGCAUCGAAAGAGACAACACUUCAACUUCAGCAAGGUUCACAAGGAACAACUACAACAACAACAACAACAGCAGAGACCAGUGCUGGUAUUCAAGAACUUCCAAAUGGUGGGAUAACACCGGGUAUCGACGCUGGCCUCGAAUCGGGAGAGGAGGAUGAACCUCCGGAGGCUCUCGAUAUGGGCUGGCCUAGCAGUCCUAAGAAAAGGCUCACAUAUAUUCUAGUUGCACCUAUUCUGAUUCCUCUCUGGUUGACGUUACCAGACACGCGAACACCCAGAGGUAAAAAAUUUUUCGCUGUAACAUUCAUCGGCUCGAUCUUCUGGAUAGCAGCGUACUCGUACCUGAUGGUUUGGUGGGCGAACGUCGCCGGUGAUACCGUUCAAAUCCCACCGGAAGUGAUGGGUCUCACGUUCCUUGCUGCCGGAACCAGCAUCCCCGACCUCAUUACAAGUGUCAUUGUUGCACGAAAGGGUUUUGGCGACAUGGCUGUAUCCAGUUCCGUCGGUAGUAACAUUUUCGACGUAACCGUUGGGCUUCCGAUUCCAUGGCUCCUCUAUGGUAUAAUCUACGGAAAACCUGUGGAAGUGAACUCAGUGGGAAUGGUUUGCAGCAUAGCGAUCUUAUUCUGCAUGCUUCUUUUCGUAAUUAUGAGCAUCGCCUGCUUUAAAUGGCGAAUGAACAAAAGUCUUGGCUUCACUAUGUUCCUUCUCUACUUCGUCUUCGUUGCCGUCUCACUCAUGUUUGAGUACGAAAUAGUCAGGUGUCCCGUUUAGGGGGUUGUGUGAACUCCAUUGACAACCUGGCACAAUAUACCUUUCCCUUUUCCCCCACCCCUCUUACAUAAAAAUAUAUACGAAUGAAAAAAAAAAAAAAAGAAAGAAAAUGCGUUCUUCAAGCAGUGUACAUAUGUAUAAACCUUGAAAUACCUGAGCGAAAAUAAUACUCGUCUUUAAGAAGCGGCUCUAUUAUAUCUUAGACGAAGACAGUGAGAGUAUGAGAGAAAAAAAAAAAAAAAAAAUUAGUUCUAGUCUUGACAAUUUUUUGCGAAUGAAUGAAUGUAUAUUGUGAAAAAGGAGAAAAUUGAGACAAAAUAUGAGAGAGAGACAAAAAAAAUGAAAAGGAGUUAUAGUAAUACUGAAAUUCGCAAUUUGAAGAAAACACGUAAGAGAAUGAAAAAAUAAAGGAAAUUUUAAUCUUAUAAUAGAGAAUAAAAAAUUUAGAAAGUAUAAAAAAAAAAUCUUUUCCUCAAAAGAAAGGGUGGAACUCUUCCAAACUUCAUUUGUACCUAUUUAAUAAAUUCUUAAGAGUCUCAUAUAUAUUAAUUAAAAUCUGAAUCCAAGUUUGAAAAUUCUCAUAGUCCAAAUUUUUUCAUAUAAACUUUGACUUUUAAAUAGAGAAAGUGAGAGAAACAUGGACCUAAUUUUAGGAAAGUGUUAAAGUUUUACUACUUGUACAAUAUAGUUAGUUGAUGUUAUAAAUUCUAUUUCGUCGUUUCCAUUUGAGAGUAUUAUAAGUAAAAGUUUUAUAUAAAUUUGGCCUAUGAGAUUUCCUACUAAUUUUUCAUAAAUAUGUUGAACAAUAAUUAUUCUGUAAAAAAAAAAAAAUGUCUUGUUUGUACUAUAUAUAUAUAAUAUGCAUAUAGUUUAUGUAAUUAGUUUUCUUCACUAUGCGAAAUUGGGUGAAAAAAAAAAAUUAUCGCUAAUUUUCCGAUUUAAAUAUUAUAAAACUUCGACAUUAAAAAAAAAUAAAUUUACGUGUCUGGAGUAAUUUUUUACGCGGAAUAAUGUACGCGUGUAAAAUCGAAAUCUUAUCUGUAUUUAUUAUACAAAUUUCCAAAUUGCAGUAAACAAGAAAUUUCAAAAAAAUAAAUAAAUAAAUAAACGAACAACGCAUGCAACUGCCAGCAGAAUUUGCGAUCGAUGAUUUCAAAAAAAAAAAAAAAUAAUAAUAAUAAACGGUUAGACGCGUCAAGUAAAUAUUUCCAUCGUGAACUGAUGAUUCAAAACUCUUUGCCAUUCUCGUUUUAUUUUUAAUGAUUUUUUUUUAAUAUAUAUGAACUUUAUCGACGAUGAUUGAUUUGAUACUGCUUGAAAUUUUCUUCUUUUAUUUUUAUUUUUCCUUCAUUUUGUUAGUUUUUUUUUUUUUUUUUGAAAAAUUUCUCACGGGAAAGGAAAGAAAAAAAAUGGCUUCACACUUAAAAGAACAUAUUUUUUUGGGAAAAAUUAAUAUUUCUAAGAAAAAAAAAAAAGGGAAAAUAAUAGUUUAUUAGAUAAAAAUUGCUUCACAAAAGGGACCUUGAAUGAUAAAAUAACUUUCAAGUACCUAUUUCGGAAAUAACUUCCAAGGGCUCAAGUUUCUUCUUUGCGUGAAGCAUCAGGCAGAAUCAAAAAACAAUCGAUAUAAUUCAUAUUGUCGACAACCCAAUUUUAAGAAAACAAAAAAAAAAAUAUAUUUCAACCUCAGAUCAUAGUAUUUUGGACCUGAAUGGUGUGUGAAAAUAAAAAAAAAAAAAUAAAUAAAUAAAAAAAAAAGCGACAACGUUCUACUUUAUACGAAUAAAAAAAGAAAAAAAGUACUUUUAUUUAUUAUUAUUGUUAUUUUUAUUAUUAUUAUUAUUAUUAUUAUUAUUAUUAUUAUUAUUAUUAUUAUUAUUAUAAUAUCAAGUAAAAAUAAUUUUACAAAAAAAUUAUAUAUAUAUAAAUGAUAAUGAAGAUGAUAAUGAUGAUAAUUAUGAUAAUUAUGAUAAUUAUGAAGAUGACAUUAGAGAAAUAAAAAAAAAAUCCAAGGGCAGGUGCGUGCGUCGAGAUGCGCGAAGAAUAUAUAUGAAAUCUAUACCUAUAUACAUAUUAUUGUAAAACAAAAUGCGUACAUAUUACACUCUAUACACUUAAUUAAUUAUGAAAUACAUAUAAAUCUUUGAUCUAAAUUUCUAACUUAUAUAAUUAUCAUCUAUGAGCAGUCACUUUCUCAGCGCAAUUCCCUCAAUCCUCUCGAUGUCACGCUAUGACACUAUUUUAAUGAAAAUCGUUACUGUUAGAAAAAAAUGUUACGUUACCAAUAAUAAUAUCGUUGUUAUAUGUACACUUAUAUAUGAGAAAAAAAGAGAGAGAAAUUUUUUAUGAUCAAAGAGAGAGAAUGUGUGUGAGAUAUAGAAAAAAAAAAAACAGAA